UGGUUUUAAACUGUUGAAUCUGUUGGGGAAAACGGUAGUUGGUUCAUUAAUAAAUUGGGUUACGUGUAUUAAGAAUGAGUAAUUGUUUUAUUGCCUGCAAACAUAAGGGAUUGUGAUGAAAUCCGUCAUCGACCUGAUGAUCAGGGUUGUUUAAGGUCAAGGCUUUUUUUUUAGUAUGUGUAUGGCUGCUAAAAAGAUGACAGGAUAUUUUGUCACAUCAUCAUUUAAUUUUUAAACCUCAACUGUCAAUCAUCAGUGUGUUUUCUGAUAGGGCCCAAUAGUAUGCUAAUUGGGUUGAAAUUUACGUUUUAAAAAUAGGAGAAACUUGAGGUGUGCCAAGCGAGGUUAUCAUUAUUCUUGACACUUGACCAUUCACAUAUUAAACUUACAUCUAAUUUACUUUCAUUUCAAUUGGGAAUUUUAACAGUCUUUGUGAAAAAGUGUGAAUAAACUUUAAAAAUAGACCAUGGAAAAAAGAAAUUUCAAUUGUAUACCUUGGUUUGAUUUAAAUAGUUCAAGGAGAUUUUAUAUGUAUAACAGUUUUUGUUACCCAUCCUCGUCUUGUGGUUGUUAUUACAAUUGUAUGCCAUAUACACCAGUUCAACAACAGAUGACCUUUGGUUACAACCAGGCCCAGCAACGGCCAAGAAGAAUGGAUCCAUAUUUAAGCAGUGUAUAUGUAACUGAACAAUCAUUAUAUGACCCACCUAUAAGAGACAAAACAAGUUUGGAUACAUCAGUUUAUGCAUCUAGUCCAAAUUCAUUAUUCAUGUAUGAGCAGGAGAAAGCUGACAUGCAAAGUUCCCUUGGGAAUAUGACAUGUAGUAGAAAGAAUGAGGACUUUGACUUAAAUUCUCAGUUGGAAACUUCUUGUGAUAUUGCUCUGCCUAUGUCUAAAGGUUCACCAAUGUUCAUAGCAGAAACAUCAGAGUCUCAGUCCAACGCAUGGCCAAUGGACACAAAAAGUGAUGUGGAUUUUCUAAAUUGUGAUGUUUUUCAAAUGGAUGAAGAAAUGGACAACCCAACUUUAGCUGAACUGAAUGCUUCAGAAUCACUAUUAGAUGAUUUAGCUAGCAUAGUUGGUCCAAAUUCUAGUGUCAAUGACAAAAAUAAAACAUGGAAACAAGAAAAUGGGUCAGAAAUCUCUGAACAAGUGCAGCAGUUGAAGGGCAAUUGGUCUUCAACAGUUCAGCUGCCUCAAACAUCACAGCAAAGUUCACUUGCUAGACCUGUUUUUUGUGGGAGAAAACCAUCAGCAACUGUUACUUCAGAAUCUGAUAAUAACACUGUAUCAACCAGAAUGAGUCAGUUGCUGCACAUUCGAACCAGUCCUACUAAAAUUGAAUCAGAGUCCACCACUAGUCCAGUUCAAAGUGUGCCUAACCCAAAGAUUCCAACAAGUCCUGCAAAACGAAAACAGAAUAUUAGUAACAAAGAGGUUGAUGAAAAGUGGGAAGAGAUCAAACAUUAUAUAUACGAUGAUGAUGAGCAGGACGAAGACAUACCACAACCAAAACAAACAAGACUUAGUACAGACUCUUACAAGUCUGUUGUAACAUCCAAUGAUGAAUCGGACAUGGAAAGUGAUCGUGAAUCUCAUGACUCAGAUUCUGAUUAUGAUGACAACAGUCAAGAUUCGUGGUCAUAUAAACAUGAAACGGACAGCUCGCAGAGAAAGUCCCGACAGUAUUUCUGGCAAUAUAAUUUACAAUCAAAAGGACCUAAAGGUGCCCGUGUUAGUUUUGAACAAUUAGAACAAGAUGAUCCACAUGUUGUGAAGGAUUUUGAAGAUCCAGUAUUUGAUCCUGUGGCAAGUAAAAAUGUUGCGGGUACGACAAUACGUCAUGGCGGUAAAGCUCGAAGAGGAGACGGAACAGAUGUCUCUCCGAAUCCAAAGAAACUUUAUCAGAUUGGACAGCAAAUUAACAAGUUAAACAAACAAAUAGACUCUUUUAUUCCAUUGAGUGAAAUGCCAGUCUCAAGUCGGAACAAGUCAAAAAAAGAGAAAAACAAAUUGGCUUCUAGAGCUUGUCGUCUAAAGAAAAAGGCCCAACAUGAAGCUUACAAAAUCAAGUUACAUGGGUUAGAUAUGGAACAUAAGCAGCUGUUACAACUUACACAAGAUAUGAAGCAGAAAUUUACACAAGUCCUUCAGAAAACUCUACCAGAGAGGAAAAUAGUCAAACAAGAGGGCACAGAUAACCUUCCAAUGACACAGUACUUAGAAAAAACAGCAGAAAAGGCUUAUACAUACAAGGUUGCUGGUGAUACAUCAGAAUUUGUAAACCGAGUGCUUUGUAAAGUGGAGGAAGGGGAUCCUACAGGUGGUCUAGAUCAAUCAUAGACUUGACAUUAUAAACAAAAUAGACUAUAGUUCCAAACACUGUGAUGACUGUUCGAAAAUUGUUGUUAUCUUGGAUCUAGCCUUUAGUUUUAACUUUGUGAUUCUGACAAUUAUAACUAAUGGGUGUGUAUCUUCAUGUUGAAUUCAAAUUACAUUAUUGGUGCAGACAAUGCGAAAAGUUUUGUUGUUUUCGUUGAAUGCUCAAACUAUUGACAUGGUUACAGAGAAUGUAUAGUUGCUUAUGUUUUGUAUAUAAUGGUACAUUUUAUGUGUUUAUCACUGUAAAUACAUUGUUAUUUUAUUCAAACAAGGGGAAAAUUGUGUAAAUAGUACAUAUAUAUACUAGUGUGGUUUUAUGUAAAUAUUUCAUUUGCUCAUUUUGAAAAACAAAUCUGAAAGACUUGUAAUUUGUUGAUUAAAAAAUUAAAUGCAAUAAAGUUUGAUGUUAAUUUUGUCACUUUAAUUUAAUUAAAUUAGAAAAAUAGUAUUUUUUUUUCUUUGGCCUAUAACCAUGAUAACAUGAUUUAAAGAAAAAAAUGUAUGCAUUUAUGGCUUUAAAAUGUUUAUAAAUCUUCAGUUUUAUGAUUUUACUAGUCAAAAAUUUCUCAUGUAAAUACAGAAAUGUUCACUAAUCCAUCAUUUAUUUGCUAGUCAAACAUUCAAAUUGUUAGUAUUUCAUUGUAAUAUAUCACAUCACUAGGAAAUAUGUGGAAAGUUCAAAAUUUCGAAGAAACAAAUUUUUGACAGACUUUCCAGUUUCAUAAAUUCAUAAAACUAAAAAAUAUAAAUAAGUUUAGUUUAUUUUUUACGUUCACUGUAAUCUUUGGAAAUCCUCAUGUAUUAUUCACAGUAGAUGUAAUCAGAGUCCAUUUUAUUUGUUGUUGUUGUUGUUGUUGUCUAUUUAUUGUUUGAAUUAUUUAUUUUAAGUAUUGGUUACUCUACUGCUAACAAUUGUUUUUGAAACACUAUUAUUAGUGAUUAGGAACUUUUUUUUGUGGAUUUUGCAUGUUAAAAUAAACCAUGAAUUUAAUUGUUCUACAAAUUAGUUUUUGAUAGGAUAUGUUUUUGAAAAUUUGUUAAAUAAAACCCACAAAAAUUGGUACCCACAAAAUACUAAAAUCUACAGUUUUGACAUAUGUUGAUUGUAAUUUAAGUUCACAUUCACACAUGUAUUGUUAGAAUGUGCGGUUAUUUUAUAUGAAAUUUCUGUACACAUUCUGUAACAUAUAUUUGGUACUUAACAAGGGAGGAUACAUUUUAAAAAGGGGGGUUCCCAGCCUGGGAC